AUGCAGUUGCAAAUGGGUCCGUCGUCUAUACCUGCUGAAGAAAGGUGGAGCGAAAACAAUGUCGAACACUUGCGUGAAGCUCUCACUAGAUUUGCCCAUGAGCUUGAUCAGAUAAGCAAUAAUGUGCAAGCACGAACAACUAAGAUGAUCAGCACCGAUAUUCGACGGCGGCACUUGAUGCCACAGCGACCGCUAGCCUCGUCAAUAUCAGCAAUGAAGCGUCAACCAGCCAAGCUUGGUCCAGUCAUUGUACCGAAAAGACUGAAUGUCACUAGGAAUCCUCGGCAGUACAUGCCAGCUCGCCUGUCCACUACUCCAGGCAUAUCGCAAGUUGUUGUUCCGACGACAAAAACUUAUCCAAUGGCCAGAGCUGGCACGUCUACCUUUGGUGGUCAACGGCAAUACGUCAUGUCCGUUCCGCAAGCAGGACCAUCUCGAUCUGUUCCAAUUGUGGCUGGAUCUCGUGUUCAAAAUUCGUCAGCUACGGUACAUCCCCAGAUGUCGAGCAUGGUCUCACAUCAGGGUCCUCCCACUUUGGUGCCAGUAAUGCUGGACGAUGCACCACCACGUUUAGAUCAAAGGAUGUGAGU